AUGUACACCUCAUCUCUCAUCAUCAGUAAACACAACAUGAACCAUCAUUUUUAUGUUGAUGAUAACCAAAUUUAUUUGUCUUUCAAGCCAAGUGCUGCUGGCGAACCAACUAAGGGAAACUGCGCAUUGAGUCAUGCAUUCACGAUGUUAAUAAUUGGAUGUCACCCAAUAAGUUGAUGCUCAAUCACGACAAAACUGAGCUCCUUGUUUUGCUCGCCCGGUAUAGACCACAACCCCCACUAGAAUCUAUUCUUGUUUGCUCAGGUUUGAUCUACUCAUAG